AUGGCCGGCCCAGCAGCCGCCGCCGACGGCGUCCCAGGGCCUGCGUCCACCGCCAUUCUCCGCGCCCUCAUCAGCCGGGACCACCUCGGGCGCGGCCUCGACUACCGGUUCGGCGGGCCAUCCGGCCCCGCCGGCCAGUACCCGGACUACUCCGAUCAGGCACCUCCGGCUUCACUCUUCCGAGCCCCCGCGCCUGCUCAGCACGGCGGGCCGCAGCAGACACCGCCGCUGUUCGCCAAACUCGACUUCGCCACCUACGAGGGCAUGGAGGACCCCCUCAACUGGCUCAACCAGUGCGAUCAGUUCUUUCGAGGGCAGCGGACACUCGCUUCAGAUCGUACCUGGCUCGCGUCCUAUCAUCUUCGAGGCGCAGCACAGACCUGGUACUAUGCCCUCGAGCAGGACGAGGGCGGCAUGCCACCGUGGGAGCGCUUCCAGGAGCUCUGUCUUCUCCGUUUUGGGCCUCCUAUCCGCGGGAGCCGACUGGCGGCCCUCGGCCGUUUACCAUUCACAUCUACGGUGCAGGACUACGCCGAUCGCUUCCAGGCCCUGGCAUGCCACGCGCCGGGCGUCUCCGCGACCCAGCGCGCCAAGCUCUUUGUGGGCGGUCUGCCGGACCAUAUCCGCGUGGACAUCGAGCUCCGGGAUCCCCCCGAUCUCCAGACGGCCACCGAGGAGAACGACUCGCCCGACCCGUUACAUCCGCCUGCGGCGCCCGAGGACGCGGCCGCGGAUUCCGCAGCGACGGCGUGCGUCGUCUCCCUUCACGCCCUGGCCGGCAUCCGGGGCGAGCAGACCAUGCUGCUGCCGGUGACGAUCCAUGGCGAGCGCCUGGUGGCCCUGCUAGAUACGGGCUCCACACACAACUUUCUGCCCGAAUCGACCAUGCGUCGGCUAGCCCUCCCGACGACGGGCGGGGAGCGCCUGCGGAUCACAGUGGCGAACAGUGAUCGCCUCCGGUGCCAUGGGCUAGCCCGCGACGUUCCCAUCUCCAUCGGCGACGAACACUUUUCCAUCACUUGUGCAGGGAUCGAUCUCGGCUGCUUCGACUUCAUCCUCGGGGUGGACUUUCUCCGGACCCUCGGCCCCAUCCUAUGGGAUUUCGACGCACUCAUGAUGACAUUCUGGCGGCAGGGACGCCGCAUCCGGUGGGAGGGCAUUGGGGGCGCCGCGGCUGCCGUGCCACAUCUUCAGCUGGCUGCCGCGUCCUCGGAGGCUGAGCACCCCCUGCUGGAUUCUCUUCUAGAGCAGCACAACGACCUCUUCGACGCUCCGCGGGGUGCAGAAGGAUGA